CUUCCUGGAGCGCAGCGGGGGGGCGGGACGUCCUCCCCUCGACCAUUUAGUUAAAGUUGUGGCUGGGGCUCAGAAAGUUACCGGAGCACCGAGCCUCCCUGCCGUCCCCCACCGCCUCAGUCCAGCUCUAAACAGAACCGGAGGACCGGAACUCCCCGCCGUUUGGACCCGGAGAGCCGAGCCGAACCCCCGCUGAGAUGUUCAAGAUAAAACGGAUCUGCUGCAUCGGAGCCGGGUACGUAGGAGGACCGACGUGCAGCGUGAUCGCCCAGAUGUGCCCGGAGAUCACGGUGACCGUGGUGGACGUCAACGAGUCCCGCAUCAAAGCCUGGAACUCCGACACGCUGCCCAUUUACGAGCCGGGCCUGAAGGAGGUGGUUGAAUCAUGCAGGGGGAGAAAUCUGUUCUUUUCCACAGACAUACCGUCAGCCAUCAGGGACGCCGACCUCGUCUUCAUCUCUGUGAACACCCCAACCAAGACCUACGGCAUGGGGAAGGGUCGCGCCGCUGACCUGAAGUUCAUCGAGUCGUGCGCUCGGCAGAUCGUGGAGGUCUCCGACGGCUACAAGAUCGUGACGGAGAAGAGCACCGUCCCCGUGCGGGCUGCCGAGAGCAUCCGGCGGAUAUUCGACGCCAACACCAAACCCAGCCUUAACCUGCAAGUGCUGUCCAACCCAGAGUUCCUCGCCGAGGGAACGGCAGUGAGGGAUUUGAAGGAGCCGGAUCGCGUCCUGAUCGGCGGGGACGAGACCCCCGAGGGUCAGAGGGCGAUCCGAGCGCUGUGUGCCGUGUACGAACACUGGGUCCCCAAAUCCCGCAUCAUCACCACCAACACGUGGUCGUCUGAGCUCUCCAAACUGGCAGCCAACGCUUUCCUGGCACAGCGAAUCAGCAGCAUCAACAGCAUCAGCGCUCUGUGCGAGGCCACGGGAGCUGACGUGGAGGAGGUGGCCAAGGCCAUCGGCAUGGACCAGAGGAUCGGCAGCAAGUUCCUCAAAGCCAGCGUCGGUUUCGGGGGGAGCUGCUUCCAGAAAGACGUGCUCAACCUGGUGUACCUGUGCGAGGCCCUCAACCUGCCGGAGGUGGCGUCCUACUGGCAGCAGGUGAUAGACAUGAAUGAGUACCAAAGACGGCGAUUCGCUUGUCGGAUCAUCGACUGCCUCUUCAACACCGUUACCGGCAAAAAGAUCGCUCUGCUGGGCUUCUCCUUCAAAAAGGACACGGGGGACACCAGGGAGUCGUCCAGCAUCUACAUAUCAAAGUAUCUGAUGGAUGAGGGAGCCAAGCUGUUCAUCUAUGACCCCAAGGUUCUCAAAGAGCAAAUCAUCCAUGACCUCUCCCAGCCCAGCAUCUCAGAGGACAACCCACAAAGAGUGUCUGAGCUGGUGACCGUGACUCGGGAUCCUUACGAGGCCUGCCAGAGCGCGCACGCCUUGGUCAUCUGCACGGAGUGGGACAUGUUCAGGGAACUGGACUACGAGAAGAUCUACAAGAAGAUGCUGAAGCCGGCGUUCAUAUUCGACGGCCGCCGCGUGCUGGACCACCUCCACGCCGAGCUGCAGAGCAUCGGCUUCCAGAUCGAGACCAUUGGAAAGAAAGUGACCUCUGCACGAAUCCCGUACACCCCUGCGAUCGUCGGUCCUCGCACCGCCCCCACCGAGCCCCCCACCAAGAAGGCCAAAGCCUGAAGCUGAUCCUCCCCCCCCCCGCUGCAUGGAGCACAUUCCUCCUGCCAGCUUUUAAUUUCACCUGCGGAGGUGAAGGGCCUGAACAGCAGCCUGCACCCCUCCGCUGGUGAGAUUAAAAGGCUUGCUGCUUUGGGUGGACGUCUGAAAGUGGCCGAAGAUCAAAUAUUUUUAAUAUUUUAGCAAACGAAUCAUUCCAUGUGCACAGCUAACUUUACACCACACCCAGAAUCCCCUUCAGCACACACAGCAGAUGACCUGGUUUUAUACAGACACUGUAAACAAGCGUCCUGUCCCACAUCAUUCAGUAUAACUGUUCUUAAAUAGAAAUUUAUAUCAGUCUUUUUUUUUUAAACAGCUAUUUUUAUAAAUCAUGUUGCUGUACGUUAACCUCUCUGCACCAGAGAGUUCACCUAAAGGGCCAAUGCAAUAAAACGCAAGUCUUUAAUUUGUACCGAAGACUUGUAAUUCUUUACAAAUAUACCUUUUUAUACAUUCCAAUAAAUCUUUGUAAGUUUGAA